AUGGCGAAAAUCCCAGGAGUAUGCCUGAGCGAGGUCUGGCGCGAUCUGAGCCUCGCGAGGAAGACAAUUCUUGUUGAGCGCUAGGGCCAAUUCUCGAAGGAACUCCGUGGGAAGUGCAGAUUUGAUGCCAUCGGGAGUUUGUAUCAGCAUGCCGAGCUCAGCGAAGCGGACUUGAGGGUCGCUGUGGCUACUGAUAACAACGAUUUUGUGAUCGGGCCGAUAGUAAACUCUUUUAUUUUCGCUGGAAAGAGGAAGCCACUGAUAAAGAGGGAUCGUGGGCCUUAUCGAAGCGACCGAGAAUACUUACCUGCAUUGAUGAAAGUGGAACUGGAAGAUAAAAAACUUCUCCUAAAACUGAUUUCUAGUAAGUAUGAUAAAUCUAAUUGGAUUGGCUACAGUGAAGUAACGACAUGUUAGAUAAACGUGCGGCCGGCGUUCAAAAGGUGCAUUCGAAUGAAGAAGAUUCAGAGAGUGAUGAAGAUGAUCUUGCCGCGGAUGUGCCCGUGAUUGAGGAUACCAUCCGAUGGCUUCAGGAAAUUCUCACUUCCCUUUUCUCCAACCACAUGCAAACAAAGGAAUCCGUGCUGCGUCACCACGACCUCAAUCAUUCAAAUGUCAUGGUUGACCACACAACACUAGAGAUAACCGGGAUCGUCGAUUGGGAGUGUAUUACCACUGUACCAGCUUGGGAAGACACCUAUCCUCGAAUACUACAGGGAGAAGACAUGUAGGAACAACCAGAGCCUUUGGCAUUUGGGGAUACUGAUGAGUGCCGCAUCGCGACAUAGGAGAAAUAGGAGAAUACGAAGCUGAGAAAAAUCUUUGACCAGGCUGUGGGUUCGGGGGCAAACAAUGAUAAAGAUGGAUGGGAUAAGCGUGGCCUCAGAGAGCAACUUGAUUUGCUUGAAUUUUUGACUAGGAUGGUGAACAACUGGAUUAUUUAGUAUGAGAAGCGAGGGGGUGUGCAAUGCUGUUGAGUGCUAUUUUGCCAUCAUUAUUUUGCUUGCCUAGGAGCAUUGUCCUUGUACCAUAGUUUCAUACUAUGCCCAGUUAGUGAGCUUUUAGAGCUGUCACCCAUCCAUAGCUAAAAAGAUGAUACUACCGGGCAGCCUCUCCGUAUCAGACAAUCAAUUUCAGACAGCUCCCGAGUGCGCAAUUGUUCAUAUGAUGCCGGUUGGGUAUUUGCUGAACUAAAAUUAUGGGUUAUAUAAAACUGGAGUAGUGUUGACCGGACGGUCCUAGCCACAAAUUUUCUAUAAAUUUUUAACUCCUUAUAUCAUC